AUGAAUUAAGACACGACCAACGUAAUUUUAGUUGUGAUCACUAACAAAGCUAAUAAAACUCUUGGACAUGAUAAGUAUUUCAAAGUGUUUAGUCAAUUCGGCACCAUCUAAAGAGUAAGUAUGCUUUAACUUAUAUAGAUGCUCAUAUUUGAAAGAUCUUUGACAUGGAAAACAUUUAUAGAAUUUGAUAAUCCAGAAUCUGCUAUAAAGGCAAGAUAAGCUAUGAAUGAUAAAUUAUUUUGUGAUGAUACAUAAUUAACGAUGAAUGUAUAUGCUAGUAAGCUUACCUACAUCACAUUUUAAGAAAAUAAUACUGGGGGUGUUGGUAUAUUAUUAUAUAUAUAUAUAGAUUACACUUUAUUACGUAAAUAAUAGCCACCAGCUCCUAAACCACUAUAAUAGCCUAUCCCUAUAUAAUUUCUUUAAUCUUAAAUGCAAUUUCAGCAUCAAAUGUCUUAAUAGAUACAAUAAAUAAAUUCUUUGAUGGGAUAACUAUAGUAAGUAAGUGCUGAAGGAUUCUCUACAACUAUGAUUUCUUCAACUGACUUAUAGUCAUAAAUAGAAAAGCAACAGCAAUUGUUAAAUUAAAUAUAUGAAUAUUAAGCAAACUUCUAACAUCUCACAGAUUAAUAUCAAAAUUUCUUAUAGGGUGUUAAUAAAUAAGAAGAAACAUAAUCAGUUAGUGUCUAAUCAAAGUAAUCUAAUAGAAAGAAAUUGACAUUACCAGCAGAUCAAAAGAAAAAAACAGAUUAAAUAGAAUUUAUAUAAAGUUAUAGAGACAAUAAUACAGAAAGUUUAUUUAAUAGUUAAGAGUAAAAGAUUGAAGAUGAUGAUUUAAAUUUUUAAGGUCUGGGUUUAAGAGAAUCUGAUGAUGAAAUUGUAGGAUCUGAACAUUGUGAUGAUGAUGAUGAUGAUAAUGAAGAUGAAGAAUAAAAUGAAUUUCUAAAAUAUUUUGAUUAGAAUUCAGACAAUAGAUAAAUUAAUAAUUUUUAAAAUGCUUUUUAAAAUAAUGAUAAAUCUUAAUAAUAAUAAUAAUAAUUCUAAUCCUAAUAAUAAUAAUAAUCAAAUCAAUCAUUAACUUCUUCUUAACCCACUUCAGCUUCUAAUUUAGAUUAAUUCAAAAAUAAAAUUAUUAGAAUGCCUGUAUCAAAGAGUCAAACUUUAUAAUAAGUAGAAAAAUAAUAAUUAGAUAAAAUGUAAUAAAGUGCUGACAAAAUUGAAGAAUACAUUAAUCCCAAAUUUUUAUAAUGUAUAAGAAUUUUAUUACAUUAGCUGUGAGAAAAUCAAGAGUAAUCUAUGCAAGAUGGUUUGAUAAAAAAGUUGUAACAUCUUAAAUGCUAUAUAAUUUAUUUAGUAUUUAUGGUAACAUAGAUAAAAUGAUUUACUUAAAAGAGAGAUCUAGUGCUCUUAUCUAAUAUGUUACUUAAGAUCAUGCUGCUAUUGCCAAAGAAUCCUUAAAUGAUAUUAUGUUUUAUGGACAAUCCAUUAAAGUAAUUAAAUCAUUGAUAAUUAGAUUUUUUUUUCGAAUUAUGAAGAAAUUUCACUAAAGACUUAACCAACUAAACCUGGAGAAUUUACUUAGGAUAUUAAAACCCAAGAAGAAUAUUUUUAGGGAGGUGAAGAAACACAUAGAAUUAAACCUGAUAGUACAUAUACUUUAGCACCUCCUUGUGAUACUAUAUAGGUAUCUAAUUUAACAAAAAAUUCAUGUCAAGUUGCAGUGUUAUAAUAAUACCUUUAAGAUUAUGGACACAUUAGAUAAUCCAAAUUAGUCACUAAUGCUACGAAGUACAUGGCCAUUCUCAAGUACCCAAGCACAGAAGUGGCUAUAACUGUUUUGGCUAAUAACAAUGGAUUAGAAUUAGAUGGUAAGUAAAUUUAAAUAAAUUUCUCAAAACAAAAACUAAUAUGA